AUGACGAAACUGUUGGUCAGUUUUAAGAAACCCAGUGUUUGGAAUGAGCCAGACCGGUUGUUGAAAAGUCCUGCUGCACAGGAAGGCUGUGAGUUACUUUAUAGAGUUCUGAAUAAGAACCCCUUGCUGCAGAGAGAACUCGAUGUGAGUGAGAAAAUAAACGGAGACUCUGAGGUGAAGCAGCUCUCUGCUCUACUGCAGGAUUCACACUGCAGACCUGAGAUACUCAAGGUAAAUAACGUCAGGAUGAGAAAUGAAGGUUGUGCAGCUCUGGCAUCAGCGCUGAGUUUAAACCCCUCACACCUGAGACAGCUGGAGCUGAGUGGGAAUACACUGAGAGGAUCAGGAAUGAAGGAGCUCUGUGGUGUGCUGAAGAAUCAACAAUUCAAACUGCUGAAACUGGGGUUGUGUAAGUGCAGUCUCACUGAGGAAGAUUGUGCUGCUGUUGUAUCAGCUCUGAGAACAAACCCCUCACUCCUCAAGGAGCUGGACCUGAGUGAGAACACAGUUGGAAACACAGGAGUGAAGGAGCUCUCGGAUCUACUGCAGAACCCAAACUGCACUCUGGAGAAACUGAAACUGAGUAAAUGUAGUCUCACCCAAACACAAUGUGGAGACCUGGCUAAGGCUCUGGAAUGUAACUCCUCAUCACAUCUGAAAGAGCUGGACCUCAGAGAGAACCACAGUGCAUCAUUAUUGGAUACAUUUAGUUAUUUUCUAGGGAAUUCAAACUCUAAACUGGUUGUGAGAAUCUUGAGUCCUGAAGCAGAAAAGGCCUGUGAUUUUCUGACUAAAGUUCUGGGUACAAACCCCUUACUGCAGAGAAAACUGGAUCUGAGUGGGAAAAUAUCCGGAGACUCAGAGGUGAAGCAGCUCUCUGUUCUACUGAAGGAUCUGCAGUGUAGAACUGAGAAACUCAGGCUGAGUAAGAGCGGUAUUACAGAGAGAGGCUGUACUGAUCUGAUAUCAGCUCUUACUGCAAACCCUUCACACCUGACAGAGCUGGACCUGAGUGAGAACACACUGGGAAAUCCAGGAGUGGAGAAGAUCUCUACUCUACUAAAGAGUUCAUCCUGCACACUCCAGAAGCUUGUACUUUCAGACUGUAAUAUAACAGAGAAAGGAUACACUGCUCUGGCUAAAGCUCUGAAGUCAAACCGCUCAUCACACCUGAUAAACCUGGACCUCAGAGGGAACGACCCUGGAGACUCAGGAAUGAAGGAGAUUAGGAGUUUGAUGAAGGAUACAGAAUGUAAACUGACACUGAGGCUCAGUGAGUGUAAUCUGACAGAGAAAGGAUGUUCAGCUCUGCUCACAGCUCUCAGAUCAGAAUCCUCCACCCUGAGGGAGCUGAAUCUGAGUAAGAACAGGAUUCAGGAUUCAGGAGUGAAGCUGCUCUCUGCAGUACUGAAGAAUAAAGACUGUAAACUGGAGACUGUGGGGUAA